AGCGAUUCGACGCUUUGGCGUGAGAGAACAGCAGAUCUCUUUCUAGGAUCGCGGAAUCCUAACAAAAAAUACAAAACGCACAGAAUACCCUCUAUUAAAAUGGAGGUGCAAUGCAACCCCGCUGUGAUCACUGAGGUAUCGUUGUCGUUUCGAGAUGAACUGACAUCAACCCUACAAAACGCGCUCGGUGUUGCUGUGGAUAUCGCAGUUGUUGAAAUCUCCAAACUGCUCGACAGAGCGCUCAGGGACGUUCAGGAGAAGAUUCAAGAAGCUCUGCGAGACAACCAUGCGCUCAAAUAUCGGCUACAAACAGCCGAGAUCCAACUGUCUACUGUGCGUGCGCGUCUGGAUCAACAACCACAAGGGCUUGAAGAUUUUCCAAACGGUAAUACCAGCCAGCCAGCGAUAUAUUUACCCAGGGCUGAGCGGGGGCAUCGACAGUUUAAAACCCUUCAUGUCGUGCGUUCGAGCCCAAUAACGUUACAUGAAACUGAACUCAGUCUGGACUCUGAACACAAUUACGAGGUAUGUGGAUCAAAGGAAACAAGUUUAUUAAAGAAAGAAUCAGACUGUGCGGUCACACAUGGAGGUUUGGGAGCCCAAACGUUAAACUCAAACACACGAGAAGAAAGCACCCAACAUAGAUUAGAUGAGACAACUGACAAGAAUGAAGUAUAUCCAAAAAUGUUGGAUCCCAACAUGUCCAAAGAUUUCCAGGCCUGUCCUGGGACAAGUACAGGUGAGCUCAGUGAUGGUUCAUCCUUUGAAGUGUCUGUAAAGAUGGAGAAAGAUGAGGGCUAUGGUGACCCAAUCCCUGUGUCUGUCCCUGGAGAGGAGGAGGAGCCUAACUCUGACAGCCUCUCUCUGGCUCAGUCUCAAUUGCUUCAAGACUGGAGACCUCAGCCAUUGUAUCUAGAGGACUGCCAGUCAAACCAGCCCUGCCAGUCCACCGGCCUUCCUCUGGACCAAGAUUUUUUGUCAUCCUCGACCUCAAGCCAACAUGAUCACUUCCCCAAACUCCACAGGAACCCUGAAAGCCAUCAGUAUCCAUCCGACCGAAGCUUGUAUCAUUGCAGCUUAUGUGGUCGAGGUUUCAACCGUAAGCACCAUCUUAAAAUCCACCAGAGGAUCCAUACAGGAGAGAGGCCGUACGCCUGCUCUGUCUGCAGUGCACGUUUCCGUCACGCGUUGACACUCACACGCCACUUCCGCAUCCACACAGGUGAAAAACCUUAUGCUUGUGGACAGUGUGGAAAAACUUUUCGAAACGGGGGUGGACUAAAGUUCCAUCAGUGUUCUAUCACAACAACUGUAUGAAUCCAGUAUUGCUACUGUUAGUUUAGGUUGCAGGCCCAAUCUAAUGUACAGUUACCCCAGGAACUGUAGGAGUACCAAGAUGACAUUCCUGCUUUCAACCAGAAGUUUCUCUAAUGGCAUUUUGAGCUAGUUUGUGCAACUUAAGGUUGCUUUGGUAUGAAACAAAUCUGCCAAAUACAUGCCCAUUUUACCGUAAUGCCUUUCAUUUGUCAAGUGCCUGACAAUAAGACCUUGAAUCUCAACAGGACUCUGUUGUUAAAGCUUUUAGAUAUUUAAAAUGAACUGUAAACUCAAAAGAUUUACUGUAAACACUGCUCAAAAAACGUCCUGCUUUUAUUUACAGUAAAUGUUUGUAAAUAUUUGUUUUUGCAUAAAAUGAUUGAUUUACGGAUCAGAUUAAUAUAAAGACAUAAACUGAACAGAUUUAACAGACAUUUAAGAAGCAGAAAUUGAAUUUCUGUUAAACGUCAGUCAUUAUCUGCUUUAACCAUCUGCUUUAAAGGGAUGGUUCGCCCCAAAAUGAAAAUUCUGUCAUCCUUUACUCACCCUCAAGUUGUUCCAACCCUGUACAAAUUUCUUAGUUCUGCUAAACACAAAGGAAGAUAUUCAAUUCAAUUUUAUUUAUAUAGCGCCUUUCACAAUUUUCAUUGUUGUAAAGCAGCUUUACAUACAAUAUAAUAAAAAAUGUAAUAAAAAUAAUGCUAGGGGAAAAAUGAAAGAGAAUAUACGGUAUUAAGAUACAGAUAUUUGGAAGAAUGUCAGUAAGCAAACAAAUCUCAUCCCCCAUUUACUGCCAUAGUAGGGGAAGUAAAUGGCAGUCAAUGGGGAAUUAGACUUCUUCGGUUACAAACAUUCUUCCAAAUAUCUUUUUGGGUGAUCCCUUUAAGUACUACAGUGCAUCUUCUCCUCAUGAACUGCACCAGAUUUGUCAGUUCUUGCUAUGAGAUGUCACCCCACUCUUUUGUAGUUGACAAAUAAAUUGGUGUGACAGCAAAAUUUAGAAAACAAAUCGUUAGUAUUACAUAUUUUAUAUUAAUAUUUCUAUUCAUUAUAUAAAAUGGCAUACGAGAGAUGUAUCUUCAUUGUUAGUUUUUUUCUUAAAAUUUUUGGCGCUCUCACUAUCGGGCACAUUUGCGUAUUAAUCUGUCAACUACCCAUUUGCAAGCUCUCCAUCACAUAUGGGGGGAACAUGGAUACACAUGGUUUGCCACUGCAAGAAUGAUCUGUCUGUCAUGCCUCCCUGUAUUAAAGUCUCUCAGGCGUCUCUUUAUUAUAGAAAAUAUUUUGACUGCAAUUGAUCCAAUAAAAUCGAGUAUUUCAGAGA